AUGUUGGAGGGUCUUUUUAAACCCAAGUUCUAUACGAAAUGCAAAUCGUUGGUCAAGAUAACCAGAACACGAGUGGAGACGGUGAAGAGGAAGAAAAACUCUGUUUGCAAAUAUCUGAACAAGGACAUUGUCGAUCUUCUCAACAACAGCCUCGAUUACAAUGCUUAUGGCAGGGCACAAGGGCUUAUUGAGGAGAAACGGAGGCUGUCGUGUUAUGAGUUGUUGGAGCAAUUCUGCGUCUGUGUUGCAUCCAAUGUAUCUCUCUUACAGAAUUCCAGUAAAUGCCCUGAGGAGUGUCGCGAGGCCAUUUCCUCCCUUGUGUAUGCGGCCGCUAGAGUCUCUGAAGUGCCUGAGCUUCGCGAUCUCAGGUCUCUGUUUGCUGACAGAUACGGGACUAGUUCACUUGAAAAGUUUGUGAAUCCUGAGCUUGUGGAGAUGUUCAAAGCGGAGGCACCAUCAAAGGAAAUGAAGGUAGAGCUGCUCCAAGAGAUAGCCAGAGAAUACUCUAUCAAAUGGGACGCCAAGUCUUUAGAGCAGAGACUCCACACACCACCACCACUUAGUAAUCAUCAUGCUGAAAACCCAAAAACAAAGGCCAAUAAUCCUGGAAAAAUGAAUGAAAACAGAAGUAGCAGCCUUUCGUUUCAUGUGAGAGAAGAGUCUUUGGAUGAAAACUCCAUAAGUAAAAGAAACGAAAAUAGUGUCUCUGGUACUCAGGAGGAGGAUUAUGAAGGCAAACCUUUCUACAACAGAUUCAUCAUGACUUACAGUAACAAACCCAAAAUGGAGAAACAGGAAAGCCUUCCGGAGAAGAUGACCAAGUCUUAUCUCAUGCAUGAAGAAACAGAUUCGCCGGGAAGACCAAAGGCGAGAUCAGUGAGAAGACGAUUCGCGAACCCGCCUCCAGAUGCGUCUGGUGAAGAUUUGGUGACUAGUAGUAACAUGAAGAAGAUGGAGAAUGAAAGCGGAGCGGGCGGGGUAAGGAGAAUGAGUCGUCGAACAGCGUCGUGGCAGCCCAACGUACUCCCAGAUUUUGAUGAGGUCGCCGCUCGCGUUGAUGCUCUCACACGAAACUAA